AUGGUGAUGUACACCAGUCUAUUGCUUCUGUUUAGUUUUUUCGAAUUUGGAUGUUCGUAUCAGUCGUACAGUGGUCAUAAACUGCUCAGAGUGGUGCCAAAUGGUGAAGCUCAACUGGCAGCAUUACGAGAAAUGGAAAGCGCAGUCGGAUUUGAAGUUGAUUACUGGACAGAGGUUGGAUCGUUAACCAAAAAUUAUGUUUUCGCUGUUGCACCAACAAAUUUUCCGGCUGUAGCUAAGUAUAUGACAUCAAAAAAAAUUGACUACAAAAUUUUGAUUAGUGAUCUUUCCAAAUCUGUGCAACGUUCAUAUUUGGAUGUAAAAAAUACUCUGGCGUGGGAUCGUAAAAAUAUUGACACUUUUGAACUCUCUAAAUAUCACUCGUAUGAAGAACAAAUGGCUUUUUUGCGACUUAUGGCCGAUGAAUAUCCUGAAUAUGUUGACUUGGGCUCUAUAGGUAAAAGUUACGAAAGUCGAGAAAUCCGAUAUGUUAAGCUGGUUAUCGAUCCAAAAUAUGGCGAUUUGUUACGCGAAAUUGAUAUAAUCAUUAUCCCGAAUGUCAACCCAGAUGGUUAUGAAUAUACCAGGAAACAUGACAGGAUGUGGAGAAAAACGAGAUCAGGACCCUUAAAGGGAUGUUAUGGCGUUGAUUUGAACAGAAAUUUCCCGUUCAAAUGGGGUUAUACUGCCUCCAGUGAUAACUCAUGCAGUGUUGUAUUCCGUGGACAAGAACCAUUAUCAGAGAUUGAGAGUUCGAAUAUGGCUAAAUUUUUUGAAGCAAAUAAGAAAUCUAUAAAAGCUUAUGUAACUCUUCACUCGUAUGGCGAAAACAUUAUAUACCCAAAUCGACAAAAGACUGACUCAAAAUCUGAUGAUACCAAUGACCUUAAGGCGUUGGCAUUGGAGGCUGCUCAAGCAGUUCAGGAUGCCUGCGGUACGCAGUAUAAAGUUGGCAGUAGUUCAGAUGACCUUUUUGCAACAUCUGGAGGUAGUGAUGAUUACGUGAAAAGCUUGGGUGUCAAAUAUGUUUACACGCUUGAGCUUAAACCGGGAAGUAAAGAUUCAGGAAAUACUGGAUAUUACGGUUUCCAUCUCCCUCCAAAACACAUUAUCCCAGCUGCAGAAGAGGCUUCAGUAGCUUUGAUGACAAUUGCAAAAAAAAUUGCUUCUAGUGAUGCAUAA